AUGGCAGACGGUGCUAGGAUUGACUUUGCUGCUCUAUUUAGCAGCUAUCGUUGGAGCUGUCAGGAAUUCGAAAACAGUCUUCAGAGCAUUCUUGAAAAAUAUGGGAUAAAGUUCAGCAUUCAGGCAAGCCAGAAUGGCGAUGGUCUUUACAGGGAGCUUCCAGGAAUCGUUGCCUCUGAAGAAGAUCCUAUGCAGAUUGCUCGCGAAAUAAUAACCGACCGCAAAAGCCUUCACUUGUACGUCUGUCGGCCUUCAGACCGAGGAAGACUUGCCAGUAUCAUUCGGCAUGAGUUCUCAGUUGUCAGAUUCACUCAGAGCUAUACAUACGAUGAUAUUGGAGACUUGGGCUCUCAUGCUUCCCAACGGGCAUUCGAUGCGUAUUUCAUCGCAUUCAGAGCUCCGCAAAAUCGUUAUGGAGGAUGCAAGCCUUGGAAAGGCCUCAUGAAGGUUGAGGUUAUCAGUGAGCCACCAUGGACGCCUAGAUUCCAUGCUAGAUCCACGGACACAUCUGGUCCCAACGAGGACUUGGAGACAUUCCAAGCCGAAGACAGAGACUUGGAAGAGGAUCGUCAAUUGCGGGGAGGCAACAGUUUCCAAGAUGUCAGCCACGCGCUCACUCGCUUGGUCGCAAGAGACCCCUGGCUUUCGCAAAAGAUACCAGGGUCAGCUGAUGUUCUGGCAAGUUUCUUGAAGGUCCAUAAUACAUAUUCCCGGAAGUCUUUGUAUGAAACAUUGUCUCGAUAUCUUGAUGUUGAUUCGAUGCGCGAUACGUAUUUGGAGCUGGAAAGGGAAUACGAUAUGGAUAACUUGCCUAUCAGUAUUUAUAUCUUGGACCGAAUGCUCUUUGGAGAAAGCGAAAACCCCUCGCAAGUACCGGGGCCGGCCUAUUCUGAUGACUUGAUCGAUGAACCCCAGAACAAAAAGGAAGCUCAUCUCUAUAAGCUGAAAAUCAUUUUCAGUACUAUUGCCUGGCUUGAGGCGCUAUUUCCCGAGACGUACGACAAGCCGUUACGUGGUGCGAAAUUCGAUCCGAGUCUAGACGGACGUCUUAGAGGAAUCUCGAAUGGCUUGAGCAGCCCAAAACGGGAGGCUUCCUUGAUGGCAAAGCAAUGGCGGACUUUGGCGAUUUCUAAGAACGGCUUGAUCAAGGGCAGGAAAGAUACAUAUGAUCGGAUACACGAACUAAUCGAUUCAUUCAAGAUGCCUCCGGGUGAUAUGCCUUCGGAACUAUGGCCACCGUUGGGCCCUCGGGUUGAGGUGUAA